CAAAAAGUUAACUUAAAUUUAGAACAUCCGGCAACAAAUCGCGUCCCGGUGCCUUGAUAACGAACGCACAUCUUUACGAGAUCCAAAAAGGACGAAGGACGGAGGCAGUUGGGAAAUGGGAAAUUGGAAUCUGGCACCGGCAACUGGGAGACGGCUGCAUGGAAACCACACCUAAAUACACCUAAUAGUAGAGCACAAGCCCAAGGCACACCACUGCCAGACACAAUAGAGCGCUCCUAUAUUUGUGUUGCAGCCACCACACAGCAGCCCUGUCCUAGACAUAUAUCAUCUUCGGAUCCCAUCGCCCGAGAUCUUGUGCACCUUGCCCCUUGUCAAAAUACUCCAAGAAUAGUACGAGGAGGACGACAAGAUGGCUUCCAUUUUCCCAACCUUUUUUCAACCAGACUCCCCCCCUCGUUCACCCCACGUAGAACGUCCUUCCCUCCUCUCCAGCCACUUUCUUUCACGCUCCAUUCCUACAUCGCCCAUGCUAGACCGUUCUACCCUCUUCCUCAGGCCUACUCGCCGUGACGUCUUGCUCUGUUUGUUGACAUUAUGCUUCGCAUACCUUCUAUUCUCUCCAGUACUGCCAGUUGAACCUGCAGCUCCGAGCAGAUCAUCUACGAGUGGAUAUCGUCUUUCUAGCUUGAGCGGUUUUUUUCCAUCCUUAUUUUCUUUAUGCCAAACAAGAAGCGACGAGGUCACUUUCGGAGAAACUGUCAAAGCUGUAGGAUUUGGAGCUGCCGAUGCAGACGCAGACAGUACAAAGAUCGAGGGCGGGUGGGAGGCAGCACUGGACGUGGACGAGCAGUUCGCAAACCUAGCAACUACCUUAAAAGGCCAUGCGCCCGGCUGGACGGUCUUCGAAAGACUCUAUAUUUACAAUGGGAGUUUUUAUGUGGUGACGGAGAACAAGGACGAAUAUCCUGAGCUGAGGCUCAUGACAUCUACUGGUCUUCCGGCUAAUAAUGAGCCUGGAAAUGAGGAGGCUCGAGAGCCUGUGGGCGAUGAAAUUUUGUACAUAACUUCCAGAGACGCUGCCAAGCUCUGGGGAACUAGGGUUUACAGGAUGGAUGGGAUGACUUUUUUAUUCAACGAUGGACAGUUUAUCGAUCAUUAUUAUCACUUUGCGGCAGAGUUGUUAUUGGGUGUCUGGAGAGCUUACUCUUCGUAUGACGAGAAUAUCAGUGCAACUGGUGAAACUUCUCUUUCUGCCCCCAAACGAAUGUGGUUCCUCCAUCAAUCUGUUAGUGAGUGGCGUGAUAAUCCACGUUUCAACCCCACCCUCAUGUAUGCCCUCUUUCCCCGCACCGCGCUCCUAUACCCUGAGGACUUCAAGGACCUUGCCGAGCAGACUGUUUCAGGCAAACCCAAGGCAUUCGUCCUCGAUCGCGCCAUCCUCGCGGAUAGAUCGGCCGCUUUCCGAGGUGAAUGGACUGCCCCCACAGCACGUACAGUUGCUAGCGCUAUGCACGUGGGCACAACGAGCAGGUGGUGGUGGGAACCUAUCCGACGGGCUGCUCUGCGCUAUGCCGGUGUGCCAGAGUCAAUCAUUGAAAGAAAUCUCGAAGGUCUGGGUGCAGUCGACCCUGCACAGCCUAGCGACCCUCGGGUUGAUGCUAUUGAGCCGCUUGCUCCACAAGGAACUUACAAACCUGUGGUUACGUAUAUCUCUCGACAAAAUUCGAGGAGAAGGUUAACACCGGAAAGUCACGACGAGCUUGUUGCUGCUUUGGAAGAUAGAGCAGCUAAGCUGGGAUGGGAGCUUGUUAUCGUUGAAGCCGAAAGGAUGAGCAAGGAGGAACAGCUCGCUCUCGCCGGAAGGACAACAAUUAUGCUUGGAGUCCACGGCAAUGGUCUCACGCACCUCUUAUGGAUGCCUCCCACCCCCAAAAGUGCCGUUAUUGAAAUGUUCUACAAAGGUGGUUUUGCUAGAGACUACCAAUGGACGGCCCAUGCUCUCGGAAUACGCCAUUUUGGAGUUCAACAUGACCGCACGUUCACGUCCCCUGACCUUCCUACAGUCGACUACCCCGAGGGUUUUCAGGGCAACUCUAUUACCGUCGUAGGCAAGGUAGUGGCCGAUUUAAUAGAAGACCGCCUAGCUGAAAAGAUAUAAGGGAGAUGUUUUUUAACAAAUUAUUGUACAGCAUUAUAGAAGCGUUGGUACGUGUAGUAAGAGGUUGGAGUUUGCGAGAACGUGGGAGCAGACUGGAGUGCCUAGGUGGAGGUGUAGUAACAGCAGGAAGGAGAGAUCAGGGACGCAAACAAGAAGAAGAAGGGUGGCGUGGCCGUUGGAUUCUUUGUAGAUCUGUUUCCGGUUUUUUCUUUCUAUGCAACAACAAGCUAGUAUUAUGACAUAAGAGAGCCUCCGACACUUGGAUGCUUGGAUCGCCGUUCGUUAGGUGCCAGUCUGUUGUUUAUCGAGAU